CUUUACUGAAUAUAUAAGGUGAACUAGUAAGAGUCUUGAAUAUAUUCUCUCAGACACAACAAGUGAGAGUUGAAGAUCGACUGAGACAAUGGAGACACAAAGGAUCCUCAUGAGGAGUUUGGCUGUUGUGUUCAUUGCAUCUGUGAUCUGGACUAUAACAGUCUCAGCAGAUACAGAGAAGAAUACAGCAGAGAAGUUUAGCAUAUGCUGUACUGCCGUCUCCACAGUAGAGUUGACUGAUCCAAUCAUCGGUUUCAGGCUGCAAAAACAAAGUCUUCCAUGUCUGAUGGCCGUCAUCUUUAAGACUGAACGAGGAGAGUUCUGCUAUGAUCCUAGACAACCAUGGGUGAAGGAGAAAGUUAAGCUUUUCAGAGCUAAAAACGCCUGACUUCCACUCCACCACCAGCAUCAUCCAGCUGAGCACACUCGUGUGAGAGGAUCUACCCAAUCAACCGAGAGCUCAUGAAUUAUGAACAUCUAAAAGUAAAUUCAUCUUGAAGUAGUAACGUGUUUUGAAACUAUUUUUAAAGUUUAAGAGAUUGAUAAAUGGUGUAAAAUGUGAAGACUUUACUAAAUCCUAAACUACACACUCCUAAGUGUGAACUUAUCAAGAACUUCAGAAGAAUGUUUCAGAAAUUAUUUUUGCCAAUAAAAUGAAAGCCAAAACAAUACUGGUCAUUGACUUUCAUUGUACAAAAUAAAAUACAAUAAAAUAAAAUAAAUUAAAA